AAGUUCUGGUCUUCGAAAGAGGGCGUGGGUUCAAAUCCCACUUCUGACAACUUUAUCCUUAACUUUUUCCAUUCAAUUCGUGAGUUUUGUGUGGGUCAUAUUCCUAGUAGCGCCACUUUUUGUUUUUACCAUCGUCAUCACGAAUUAACAUUAAUAUUAAAAUUAAUAUAGAGUAAGGUAAAGGUGUGUAUCGUAUCAUUCAAUCCAUCGUGUUCGUGGUUUUCUGUCUUAUCCCGUAAUCGCUUCUCUGUACCCGUUUUUGAUUCUCUUCGUCAUCAUUAAAUUCUCUUUUUCGUACUACACCUAUUUCACCUUUGGAUCCUUUUUUUCUCCGCUCUUUUCCCCAUUCUCCAAGAUUAGGGUUCCCCACAAAAAUGCUUCUUGGGAUUUAACUGUCCCAAAACUUGUUCUUUUGCCUCCAUAUUUUCUUGUGCUUGAUACUUAGUUAUCAAUGUCAGCACCUCCAACAAUUUCAUUUACUAUAUCUUAGGUGAACUGCUUGCUUUUCUUCUUUUCAAUUAUUUUUCCUUUCAAUUUCUAAAAUUCUCUGUCGAAUUAUAAUAAUUUCUAUAUUUCUUUUGGUUAUUGUCAUGCUCGUUAGUUGCACCGAUACUUGUCAUUUAAGUGCGUGUUUGGUUUCACGAUGGGAUUGACAAAAUCACGGUGGCUCGAGUGUUUAAACACAAGUGCUAUGUUUUUGUGCUUAUCUAUUGAGUCCUUUCAAAAAUGGAAAUUUAAUUGAGGAUCCCUUUAAAAGAAGAAAUCUUGUGGUUUAUUACUAGUAUGUUUGGAGGUUUUAUUUUCACUUUAAGAAAAAUAAAAAAAUGUAUCUGUGGCUCAUAGCUAUAAGUUAGAUAGUUUUUUAGUUAUAUGUUUGAGUUAUGGAGUUUUCUUUUCAUAUGUUGCAGUAGGUAGGAUGAAAGGUUUUAAAGAUUGGGUUUUCUCCCAGAUUUUGUCCAAAUCGUUGGUAUCGCCGACACCAUUAUCGGGCAAGCGUCCGCGUGAAGAUUUGAAUGAGCAAGCUCAGACAGCCAGUUCUGUAACACUGCCGGUUCCGUCCAACACAUCAAACUCUUCUGGUAAUCAGAGUAAUCAACUUAGUUCCACCUUGCAGCCAACUUCAGAUGCAGAAAAUUGGCAAUCUCAACAUAGUGGAAAUGGAAGACGCAAGGAUACUUUGGCAAAGGUCGAGGAUCUUCAAGUUAAAUUUUUCCUCCUGCUCCAGCGGCUUGGCCAGUCACAAGAAAAUCUCUUGGUCAAAAAGGUUCUUUAUCGGAUGCACCUGGCAACUUUGAUUCGUGCUGAGGAGUCGGAUCUGAAAAGAGUCAACCUCAGUAGCAGUAGAGCCCGAGCAAUAGCAAACCAACAAGAGGCAACUGGUAUGCCUCAAUUGGACUUUUCCUGCAGAAUACUUGUCCUUGGUAAAACAGGAGUUGGUAAAAGUGCUACCAUAAACUCUAUAUUUGAUCAAGAAAAAACCAUGACUAAUGCUUUUCAGCCUGCUACUAAUUGCAUUCAAGAAGUUGCAGGAACUAUCAAUGGGCUUAACAUAACGUUUAUCGAUACACCUGGUUUCCUACCUUCCUCUACCAAUAAUCUAAAGAGAAAUAAGAGGAUCAUGCUUUCCGUGAAGAGAUUUAUUAGAAAGUCCCCUCCAGACAUUGUUUUGUACUUUGAACGGCUUGAUCUUAUAAAUUCUGGUUAUAGUGACCUCCCACUUUUGAAGCUUAUAACCGAAGUAUUUGGUGCAGCAAUCUGGUUCAACACUAUCCUAGUGAUGACUCAUUCAUCCUCAGUUAUUCCAGAAGGACCUGGUGGAUAUACUGUUAAUUAUGAUUCAUAUAUUUCUCAAUGUACAGACUUAAUACAGCAGUAUAUACAUCAGGCAGUGUUAGAUUCAAGGCUUGAAAACCCUGUACUUCUGGUUGAGAACCAUCCUCAGUGCCCGAGAAAUAUUAGGGGGGAGAAAAUUCUUCCCAAUGGACAGGUUUGGAGAUCUCAACUCUUGUUAUUCUGCAUUUGUACCAAAGUUCUUGGUGAUGUAAAUUCCCUCCUUAAGUUUCAGAACGGUGUAGAACUAGGACCAGCAAAUAGUGCUCGUGUACCAUCAUUGCCCCAUCUCCUUUCAUCCCUGUUACGCCAUCGCCCUGUACCCAAUCAAAGUGGAAUUGAUGAUGAAAUUGAGGAUAUUUUACUUUCAGACAAGGAAGAAGGAGAUGAAUAUGAUCAACUUCCAUCAAUAAGAAUCUUGACAAAAGCCCAGUUUGAAAAGUUGUCCAAGUCGCAGAAAGAAGAUUAUCUGGAUGAAUUGGAAUACAGGGAGACCCUUUACUUAAAGAAACAAUUGAAAGAAGACUAUCGCAAGCGCAAGGAGAAGUUACUCUUAAAAGAGCAAGAAUUUUUUGAUAGUGAUAAUUCUGAUGAUCAACAGGCUCCUUCAGAACCUGUUCUGUUACCGGAUAUGGCUGUUCCUCUAAAUUUUGACUCGGAUUGUUCUAUCCAUAGAUAUCGCUGCCUUGUUGAUAAUGACCAAUGGCUUGUGAGGCCCGUUCUUGAUCCCCAAGGAUGGGAUCAUGAUGUGGGUUUUGAUGGUAUAAACUUGGAGACAGCUACCGAAAUAAAGAAGAAUAUAUAUGCCUCGGUUGUGGGACAAAUGCAUAAGACCAAGCAGGAUAUCAAUAUUCAAUCUGAGUGUGCUGCAGCUUAUGUUAAUUCGUUGGGUCCAACUUAUUCUAUGGGCGUUGAUGUUCAAUCUGCUGGUAAAGAUAUGGUUUGUACUGUUCAUAGCAACACAAAAUUGAAAAACAUAAAGCACAACAUUGCUGACUGCGGUGUUUCUGUGACAUCUUUCGCAAAGAAAUACUAUGUGGGUGCAAAACUUGAGGAUACUUUGCUAGUUGGGAAGAGAUUAAAAUUUGUCGUAAAUGCUGGCCGCAUGGAAGGUCAUGGACAAGUAGCGUGUGGUGGAAGUUUUGAAGCUUGUUUACGAGGGGAAGAUUAUCCUGUAAGAAAUGACAAUUUAAGUCUCACAAUGACAGUCCUCUCCUUCAAUAAAGAGACGGUAUUGAGUGGAAGUUUACAAUCUGAGUUCAGGUUGAGUCGAAGCUUGAAAGCAACUGUUAGUGCUAAUCUAAAUAGUCGCAAAAUGGGACAAAUAUGUAUAAAGACGAGUAGUUCUGAGCAUUUACAAAUUGCUUUGGUUGCAGUUUUCUCAAUUUUGAAGAUCCUGUUACAUAGGAAGGAAACUUAAAACAUGUUGAAGAGAGUAAUGGAAAGAGAUUAGGUUCUGUUUCUUUAGUGAUACUCAUCUAGUUUGUUCAGCGAAAAAGUGAAAGUGGUGAAGCAUUUUUCUACAGGCCAAGCAUAGAUAUGGACAUUUUUCCGUUUUCAGGGAGAAGGUGAAUUGGAAAUGGAGUUUGUUUGAAGAGUUAAAUUAGUUUAUUUUUUCGCGAUACCUCAGAUGCCAGUUUUUGGCAGUCUUUUUAGGUAAGGCAUCUUGAAGCUGUAACCUUUUGUGGAUUGUUGUUCAACUAUUCAGUAUCUGGGUACUUCCCCAAUUAUAGAUGUUCAAUUAUAGUGAAUAAAAUCAUAACUGUACAUUAAAGCACUGGAACUCUGGCUUUUUCUGUGAUUUUUUCAAAUAAUUGGAAUAUGAAUUGAGUGGUCACGGUUGUUCAACAGGAGCUAUUGCAAAUCAAAGUACAAAUGGUUGCUGAUUAUGCCAGAUUUAAUAGGAGGUUUUGCAUUUACCAAGUUCCAGUAUGCUGGAUCCGAAGUAGUUGUGCGGUGCUUCACAAGGCAUUGUAUAAUAUAUUCACAUGGUGAUAUGCUAAAUUAACUUUUUAUUAUUAUGAUGAUAA